UAAAGAUAAUGACUGAAGUGUCCCUUUAACUAUGCCUUCAAUGUAUUAUUGUCAUGUUGGUGUUUUUGUAUCAUCCUAAUGGUUUUUCCCCCUCCAUUUCAACCAGUUUGCAAAACGUCCCCUGAUUUGUAUGCACUAUUGAAGCACAUACAACACAAGUGAAGAGGAAUGAGUAUGUUUAACCUAGAGCGCUUUCGUUUUAACAAAAAAGGGGGUCCUGCCACCAAUGAAAAAGAACCAAGUCGACCAACUACCCCAGUUUCCGAACAAGAUUACAAAGCUGAAACUAGCAUUCCAGAGACUCCUGAAGCUAAGAGACAGAGUAUGUCCUUCAUUAAGAAAUCUAAAGGUGUUAAUUUUCUGGAGUCAGAUUCAGAGAUUGAAGAAAACACACAGGGCUCCAGCUCCACCCAAAGAGGCUCCCACACAACACGAGAGAACGGUUUAUCCGAUUGUGUGACUGAUUCUGAAGAGGACGAGCCCAACGUGAAGAGCUCUGCUGCUAACAAACCUUCGGAGAUAAAAGACAGAACCAAAGAUGACAAUCUCCAAAAAUUAAAGGAGAUAUUCCCACAAAGAACAGAUGACGAACUUUUACAACUUAUUGAAUCAACAAGCACCCUAGACGGAGCUGUUGCUGCUGGUGUGGUGCUAUUUGAUGAUAAAGCUUCUCGCAAGAGGAAAUUAGACGAAACCCCGGGCGGCAGUUCCCAUGAGAGGCAGAAUGGUCAUGCUGCAAAGAAAACCAAGUCUGUUUCACUAGAAGGUGAUGUUUAUUCGUCGUGUCAGUUGUCGAAGUCGGAUAAUGAUAGCUCAUUAUCUGAAGAUGACUGGGAAAAGCAGGAAGCCCGUGUGAGAAGGCUACAGAAACACUUUCCAGAUUUGGAUAAAGAGGAGCUUAGAGAAGUACUUCAAGAGCAUGACUGGUCUUUUCAUGAAGCACUCGAGGCAUUAAAACUGUUUGCGGAAGACGAACAAGAUGACUCGCAAAAAGCUCCCAAAAAUGAGGUCUCAAAUGGAAAAGGACCCUCCAGAGGUGACCCAAAACCCAAUAAAAGCAGCACCAAAGAGAAGCCCAAGCAGAAAUCUAACAAAGCGCAGAACGGCAUAAAGGAAAACGCAAAGGGCAAAAAGAGCCUCCUCGGCAUUAAAAGGGACGCCAGGGACCCGGAUAGCGCGGAGUCUGCUUCGGAGGCAGGCAGCUGCCUGGAUGAAGACUACAGCAGUGGUGGUGAGGAGGAUAUCAUGGAGGAAGCGUAUAAAUCUAAAAUAGUUAGCUUCCUGCAGGAUGCCUCCCUGGAUGAACUGUCUCUGAUACCUCAGUGCUCUCUCAAAAAAGCUCAGAGGAUCACUGAGCUCCGGCCCUUCAAUUCCUGGGAUUCUCUGUUGAAAAAAAUGAGCAAGGCAAAUGGGCUCUCAGAGGACUUAGUCUGGGACUGUAGAAUACUGAUAAAAGAGAGGGAAGUGGUUUUGAAGCUUAUGAUCAAGUGUGAAGAGAUUGCGAAGAGGCUGACGAAGGAGGUGACUAAGAUCACAGAGGACGGGGAAAGUGCUUGGAACGUCGAUACUCCUUCGAUUCUGGCCAAGAGCCUGGUGCUAAAGCCUUACCAGAAGAUCGGUCUGAACUGGUUAGCGUUGCUCCACAAGCAUAAUGUCAAUGGCAUUUUAGCCGAUGAAAUGGGUUUGGGGAAAACUGUUCAAGCCAUAGCAUUUCUUGCACAUUUAAAUAUGAUUGGUGAUACAGGUCCGCAUCUUGUGGUGGUUCCCGCCUCAACUUUAGAUAACUGGGUGCGCGAGUUCAACCAGUGGUGUCCUGAUAUGAAUAUAUUACUCUACUAUGGUUCUCAGGAAGAAAGAAAACAUUUACGCUAUGAUAUUCUUAAUAAGGCUGUAGAAUUCAAUGUGAUUGUUACUACAUAUAACUGUGCCAUUAGCAAUGCUGAAGAUCGCAGCUUGUUUCGACGCAUGAAGCUGAACUUUGCCGUGUUCGAUGAAGGACACAUGCUAAAGAACAUGAGUGCCAUUCGCUAUCAGCACCUUAUGACGUUAAAUGCCAAGAAUCGUUUACUGCUCACUGGCACCCCAUUGCAGAAUAACCUCUUGGAGCUGAUGUCUCUCCUGAAUUUUGUCAUGCCCAACAUGUUCAGUAGUAGCACCAGUGAAAUCAAGAGAAUGUUCUCAUCCAAGGCGAAAUCUACAGACGAGCAGAGCACAUUUGAAAAGGAGAGAAUAGCUCAUGCCAAACUGAUUAUGAAGCCAUUUAUACUCCGUAGAGUAAAAAGCGAGGUCCUUAAGCAGCUGCCGCCUAAGCAAGACCACAUAAAAUCCUGCCCAAUGUCCAAGAAACAGCAGCAACUGUAUAAUGAGCUGCUGAAUAAAUUGAAGAGGUCAAUAGAAGGAACGGAGAAAAAAUCUGAAUUAUGCAAUGUAAUGAUGCACUUAAGAAAAAUGGCCAACCACCCAUUACUACACCGGCAGUAUUACACAGCGGAGAAACUGAGGGCCAUGUCCAAGCUUAUGCUUAAGGAGCCCACGCACCGCGAUGCCAACCCUGAGCUCAUCUUUGAAGACAUGGAAGUUAUGACAGAUUUUGAGCUUCACAGACUUUGUGGGGAGUUUACGAGCCUCACUGAUUUUCGACUUGAAAAGGAAUUGCUCUUAGAUUCUGGAAAAUUUGAUGCGUUAAGUCGUCUUUUGUCUGAGAAGAAGAAAAAGGGUGACCGAGUUGUACUGUUCAGUCAGUUCACCAUGAUGUUGGACAUUUUAGAAGUAUUCCUGAAGCAUCACCAGCAUAGAUAUGUCAGACUCGAUGGCAAAACACAAAUAUCUGAAAGGAUAAAUCUUAUAGAUGAAUAUAAUACGGAUAUGGAUAUAUUUGUAUUUCUCCUCUCAACUAAAGCUGGUGGCCUCGGAAUCAACCUCACGUCUGCAAAUGUUGUCAUCCUUCACGACAUAGACUGCAACCCAUACAAUGACAAGCAGGCGGAAGACCGAUGCCACAGGGUUGGACAGACCAAGGAGGUAACUGUUAUAAGGUUAAUAGGCAAAGGAACAAUUGAAGAGUCUAUGCUGAAGAUCAGCCAGCAAAAAUUAAGACUAGAGCAAGAUAUGACGACUGCAGAUACAGGUGAUGAAGGAACCAUUCCACUUGACAUGGCAACGUUACUAAAAGCAUCAUUGGGUCUUUAACAAAGAAGAACGUUUUUGAGUUGCUACUUGCUGAAACGAAACCAAUUUUAUACUAACUCUGAAAUUGUGAAAGAUUUGUACAUUUGUUUUUCCUCCGUUAUAAAGUUUUACUUUCUACUAUGAAUUUCUGACCAUUAGUAACCUACGAUCGCCUAAUGGUGCAAAAUAUCCAACUGAACAGCUUGUGGCAGCUGAAAAACCAAUUUCUCAUAUAGGUUCUUAAGAACUUUUGGGACUUGUUUACCACCCGUUGACUAGUGCUUUAGAUAGUCAGUAUUUUUGUACUGUAAUAUUUUCUACCUCUAAUUCUAUCUGCUGUAUUCAAAUGGGUAUUGUGCGUGUGUAUAUAUUUACAUGUGCCUUUUUUUAUGUUACUUUUAUGUCAAGUUGUUCAUAUGUUGUAUGUUUCUAAAAAGCACUCCUAUCUUGACUCGGUCAAAGGGCACAAUUUACAGCACCCAGUUUAUUAUUUAACAUGCAAGUUUCAUGCUUUUUUUUUUUUUUUUUUGGAAAAAUAAAA